AGGAACAAGCAGCUGCAGUCAGACUUGGACCUGCCGGAGCAGCUGCAGGACUUCUGGUAUCCGGUGGCGUUCAGCUCGCAGCUGAAGGAUGGGGCCAUGGUGACAAUGGAGCUGUUUGGGAAGCCGUGGGUGCUGUUCAGGGACGCCCAGGGGCUGCCUUCCUGCGUCAAGGACGCCUGCGCGCACCGCGCCUGCCCACUUUCCCUGGGGUCGGUGGUGGAUGGGUGCAUUCAGUGCCCGUACCACGGCUGGCAGUACGACGGCAGCGGCAACUGCACCAAGAUGCCCUCCACCGCUUUCUGCAAGGGCAUCACCGUGUCCACGCUGCCCGUGUCCGAGUCCGAGGGCUUUGUGUGGGUCUGGCCCGGCCGCUCCGUGCCGGAGCACAACGUCCCCCAGCACGUUACGCGGCCCCCUGAUGGCUUCACCGUGCAUGCGGAGCUGAUACUGGAGGUUCCAGUGGAGCACGGCCUGCUGCUGGAGAACCUGUUGGAUCUGGCGCAUGCGCCGUUCACGCACACGAGCACGUUCGCCAAGGGGUGGCCUGUGCCGGACGUGGUGAAGUUUAACGCGGCGCGCAUGCUGGGCGGCAACUGGGAGCCCUAUCCCAUCGACAUGGCCUUUGAGCCCCCCUGCAUGGUCCUCUCCACCAUCGGACUAGCGCAGCCAGGGAAGAUAGAGCGGGGGGCGCGCGCGGCGAGUUGCAAGAACCACCUGCACCAGCUGCACGUGUGCCUGCCGGCCGGCCCCGGGCGCACGCGGCUGCUCUACCGCAUGUCCAUGGACUUCCUGCAGUGGACCAAGGCCGUCCCCGGCAUCCAGGCCUUCUGGGCUCACAUUGCUAAGCAGGUGAUGGGGGAGGACCUGGUGCUGGUGGCGGGGCAGCAGGACCGCAUGCUGCGCGGCGCGGACGUGUGGGCCAACCCGGUGGCCUACGACAAGCUCGGAGUCCGCUACCGGCGCUGGCGCAACAGCGUCGCGGCCGGCUCCUCCGCCGAGCGCGCGCAGGCCGAAGCCGAGCUGCGCCCCAUGUCCGCGGGGGAGCUCUUCCAUGUCCCGGACGACGGCUGCCAGCUCGGCGAGGUCUGCGAUGUCGGCGACCUGCAGCCCUGA